UGUCAGCAGAGAAAAGUGGGAGAUGGUAAUUGAAUAACCUCUACCAUCCCCAAGUGCCAAGUAAAAAGGGAGGCCACGCCCCUCUGUGAACCCCAGCUCACCUUCCCUGGCUUGAAAGACUCACUUUUUGGGCAAUCCCCUCAUGACGUCAUGGGAACGGAGGUUAUUCAUUUAAGGCCAACGUGUGUCCACAGAGCUGCCCAGAACAAGAACCCUUCUGAGGCAGUUGUCGCCAUCAGAAAUCCAGCUGAAGCCUCGAAUUCUUCAUUUCCUGUCUGGGUGCAAGCUCAGUUCCCAGCACAGGCAGAGACCUCCGAUAUCCUGAGCCAGAACCAGUGUGUCAUGACUACCACAACAAGUUCCCGCAGGUGUGGAAGCUUGGAACAACAUGAAUGGAUGCUCAUACAGCCCUGGAGGCCAGGGCAACAGUUGGGGUGUGGACAGGGCUGUCACCUUCUGGAAUUCCUGGAGGAAAGCUGCCUCUUGCCUUCCUAGCCCUUAGAGGCUGCAGAUUUCCUCAAGCCUGUCACCCCAAUUCAGCUCAGGGCCAGCAGAGCAACAUCUUCACAUUCCCUCUGACCUUGACCUCCCUCCUAUGGGGACCCGUGUGAUGCUGUGGAGCCCACAUGGACCAUCCGGGAUCAUCUCCCUAUUCCGGGGUCCUUAAUCUAACCACAUCUGCAAAGUCCCCUUUGCCAUCAAAGGUCACUGUGGAUGGCGUCCCAGUUUCUGCUGGAGCCACAGGCCUCCAACCAAAGCCAGCUGGCCCUGCCCAAUGCCACCUCCUGUGAGGGUGCUCCUGAAGCCUGGGCCCUGCUGUACAGGGUACUUCCCGGAUUCGUCAUCACCAUCUGCUUCUUCGGCCUCCUGGGGAACCUUUCAGUCCUGUGUCUCUUUCUCCUGCCUCGGAGGCGCCUCAAGGUUGCAGAAAUCUACCUGGCCAACCUGGCAGCUUCCGAUCUGGUGUUUGUCCUGGGCCUGCCCUUCUGGGCAGAGAAUGUCGGGAACCAGUUCAACUGGCCCUUUGGAGUCGACCUCUGUCGUGUGGUCAGCGGAGUCAUCAAGGCCAAUUUGUUCAUCAGCAUCUUCCUGGUGGUGGCCAUCAGUCAGGACCGCUACAGGGUGCUGGUGCACCCCAUGGCCAGCCGGGGGUGGCGUAGCCGGCGGCAAGCCCAAGCCACCUGCCUACUCAUCUGGUUAGCAGGGGGCCUCUUGAGCAUCCCCACAUUCCUGCUGCGCUCCGUCAAAGCCAUCCCUGAACUGAACAUCUCCGCCUGCAUCCUGCUGUUCCCUCACAAGGCCUGGCACUUUGCCAGGAUGGUGGAGCUGAACGUGCUAAGUUUCCUUCUUCCUCUGAUUGCCAUCAUCUUCUUCAACUACCACAUCCUGGCUUCCCUACGAGGGCGGGAGGCGCCCAGCAGGGCCAGAUGUGGGGUUCCCAAGGGUAGCAAGACCACAGGGCUGAUCCUCACACUGGUGGGCACCUUUCUGGUCUGCUGGACUCCCUACCACUUCUUUGCCUUCCUGGAUUUUCUUGUCCAGGUGCGAGCCAUUCAGAGCUGCUUCUGGAAGGAACUCACAGACCUGGGCCUGCAGCUGGCCAACUUCUUUGCUUUCAUCAACAGCUGCCUGAACCCAGUCAUUUAUGUCUUUGCUGGCCGGCUCUUCAGGAUCAAGGUGUGGGAACUUUACAAAAGAUGUACCCCUAAGAAUCUCACACCCAUGUCCUCCUCCCAUAGGAAAGAAAUCUUUCAACUGUUCUGGCGGAGUUUAAAUGGCAGUGAGCCUAGAAGCUUGGUGUCUUAACCAACUACCUCUGACAUCAUAAAGACUAUCUGAUUGGCCCCUAAAGACAUCCGGUAAAUGUUACUAACGGGGUAAGAAGACCUUGCAGGCAAGAGUAAACUAGGGAUCUUCAGGAGUCCUUGUAAAAAAGGAGUUAGAAAAGAAUUUUUUAAAAUCUGUUUCUAGGACUGGAGAGAUGACUCAGCUGUUAAGAGCACUGGCUUGCUCUUGCAGAGGACCUAGAUUUGGUUCCCAACAACCAUAUGGGAUCUAACAACCGUC